ACAUUGUGUCUGUCUCAGUGUGUGUACAGUAUUUGUGGUUGUGCAUGAAUUCCACUGUAUGUGUGUGUGUUUGUGUGCUGCAAGACUGUGUAAUUUUUCAAAACCCAAAAGAAGUGACCGACCAUUUUCCCAUCCUGAAACCGCGACUCCUGUCGGGUUCCACACUCUGGUAAAACUCCACUGAAAAUUCUGUGACUUCUCUUUCCCUCUCAGCCGCAGCUUCUUUUCUCUCCGUGGCCCAGGUUGCUCUGCUACUGCCUCCUGCACUCUCCGCUUACAGAGUGACAUCACUGGAGUUUCCCUUCUGCUGAAGCAGCUGCCACGGCAUAAAUACUACAAGCUCUCUGGCAUAAGUUCAUUCUGACACAAUAGCAACACAAAGAGAGAAGUACCACCACAGAGCACUAGAAGCACCCGAAGACACAGCAUCCAGCCAAGUGUUUAGUUUAUAGAUUUUCCUGAACUCCAAGCAGUGAAGUCUCUAAGCUCAGAGUUGUGCACAGUAUGGUGGAAUACACAACUGCACCAGUUGAUGUGGAGAUGGGUGUUGAUGGGAGGACGAUGGUUUUGGUAGAGAAGAAGUCGUCUACAGAGUGGAUAUGGAAGGUGUGCGUAGCCCUUCUCGUUGUGGCCCUUUGUUUGGGCGGCCUCGUGUUGUUUGCUUUCUACUGGAACGGGCCGGAAAUGAUGAUGCAAUCGGGCCAAACACAAGCUCUAAUCUCAAAGGACUCCGCUGAGAAAACAGAUCCCCACUACACUGCGCUGAAGCGAAUCAGCAGCAAAGCCAAAGCAGCCAUCCAUUUAGAAGGUAGCUAUGAUGAAGAAGACGAGAGCUCGAAAAACAAGCUGGAGUGGAAGAACGGCCAAGGCCAGGCGUUCGCUCAGGGCGGCUUCGAACUGGUCAACAACCAGAUCAUCAUCCCUCAGACCGGCCUCUACUUUGUCUACAGCCAGGCAUCGUUCAGGGUCUCCUGCAGUGAUGGCGACGAGGAGGGAGUGGGAAAAUACCUCACGCCCCUCAGCCACAGAAUCUGGCGGUACUCAGACUCCAUCGGCAGCAAAGCAUCUCUGAUGAGCGCUGUGAGGUCGGCGUGCCAAGCCACCACUCAGGAGGACAGUUACAGAGAUGGACAUGGCUGGUACAACGCCAUCUAUCUGGGUGCAGUGUUUCAGCUGAACAAAGGAGACAAACUGUGGACUGAAACCAACCAGCUAUCAGAGCUGGAGACAGAUGAGGGCAAGACUUUCUUUGGGGUGUUUGCACUUUGAAAUGACUCUUUGCUGUGACACUAAUACAGAUACAAAGCUCCGCACAUUUUCACAAGUAUUGGCUUUUUGAACUAUUGUACUUUUUUUAAAGUAUGAUUUAACAUCUUCAUGGUGAUGGAGAAACUUUUAAAUCUCAAUGGAGAUAACAUGACUGAUUUUUAAAUAUCCUAUGAACUGUAACAGUUUGGAACAUUAUUUAUAUUUUAGGCACUUUUUGUACAUUAUUUAUGCAGACCUGAGAUUGUAGUGGACUAGACUUUCUCUGCUGUAUCAAAUGAUGACACAGCUCUUUACUGCAGAGUUAAGGUUCAAGGAUUAUGAGGAUUACAAUUAAAAUCUGUAUGUAUUUAUUUGUAUUUAUUUAUAUUUAAAAUGUCAGGAUUAGGUGUUAAAGAUUAUAUUUAUGUACUUUCUAUGUACUUGAACUUAAUUAAAAAGAAAAAAAAAAUCACGGUAUUGUGUUACU